UCUGCCGUGCAACACUCAGUCCCACUCAGCACCGCAGACCUCACUCAUUCACACAAUUUGUUUACUAAUAGGCCCUCACAUCCCGCAAUGUCGGCCGCCAGCACCGAGACUAGUGCCCCACUGCCCACUGCCGGCAGCCGCGUCUUCUUCCAACCUGCGACCGCGGUGGGCUGCGUGGGCUCCGGCCCCAUCACCGGGGAGGACCCGGUCCAGAAGAAACAGGGCAAAGUGACGGUCAAGUACGACAGGAAAGAGCUGCGGAAAAGACUCGUCCUGGAGGAAUGGAUCAUUGAGCAGCUCAGCGAGUUGUACGACUGUGAGGAGGAAGAGAUGCCGGAGGUAGAGAUAGACAUAGAUGACCUGUUGGAGGUCAACAGUGAUGACGAGAGAGCCAGCAAACUGCAGGAAUCAUUAACAGACUGCUACAAACCAACAGAGGACUUUGUCCGUGAGUUGCUGGGCAGGAUAAGGGGAAUGAGAAAACUCAGCGCGCCAACUAAGAAGGGCCUAUAAUGGCUGUAAUGUCAACCAUCAACCACUACGUCAUCUCAGCUCCACGUACUUAACCCACUCAACAUGGACUGUCAUCACAAAAAAAAUAAUGUAUCUAAACAUAACAGCAUUAGUAACUAUUCUGCAACCUGCAAACAUGCACCACAAACUCCAUGCAUAUAGCACUAGUCAUUCAUUUCACUAUCACAUAGAAUAACAAGUGUAUUAUAAUAUCUGACUGUUGAGAGGUACUUAAGGAAGAGCCAACACUGUUCAAUAGCAUACAGCCACAAUAAAAUGUCCAGCCCUGGAACGUGCCAGAACUGCAACUGUGCUUUAACAUGAAUACCACCUAAUUCCACAUUUCAGAGCCAUGUUACAAGCCCAUGCUGUAAUUCCAACAGCCAUACUGACUAAAACACAAACAAAUCUCAAAAAGGGAGGUGGUAAAAACACGUUUGUACCGCAGUAGGUGUGAAAUUAGCUGUAGCACUAUAUAAACACAGUGCUUCAUGAUUUUGUCAUUUUUUUACUGAGGUGUUUUGCUGUUAAUUCUUUUUAAAAAUGUACUGUAUGUUGCCAUUUAUUGUUCAUGUGAUUGAAAUGUGGUCUUCAACAGUUUUCGUCCUACUUUAAAGUCGACCUCCUUAUCCUUACUCCGUCAGCACCUGCAAAUAUAAGGGAGCUCUGUAGUUUUAUUUUAAGCACAAGGCGCUAAUACAUCAAUUCUAUGCUUUUGUGAGAUUGAAACUCUAGGAAGAUUGAAGGAACAUUUUAGGAAACAAGGCUAAAAUAGUGUGACGAUUUUUGCUUUUUUACCCGCUGUUCUAGUACACUUUUCACCACAGCAAAGGCAUGAUGGGUGUUGCAGUUCUCCGUAUGAGACUGUAAAACCUGUAUGAUUGGCAGCCUUUCACUUAUUAUGUUAUGUGGUUUUGUUCAUUGCUCUCCCUCAUCAGAAUACAUAUCAGUUGGUCUUUUAGGUUGAAGCACAAAGCCCAAACAUUGUAGUUGUUUCUCACACUCUGGUUCACGUAACUCUGCUAACUUGCCUCUCUAAUAGUGGUUGAUGUUGCCUUUAAGAAUUUUCAGGACCAGUUCACCUUUUUCCUCAGCAAUGAACCUUAACUACUGACAACCUAGAGGCAAAAAUGGUUGAGAAAGAGAACCUGAGGGCAACUUGAAACUUUGACACUUAAACCUGUCAGGUCCUGUAAGGGAAGGUGUGCCAAAACUGAGAGUAUUACAUCAUAAAUGUCAUAUGUCAUAGAGGCAGUUAGUGCGACACAGCAUGUCCACAGAGAUUGUUUAAGUUUGUCUAACGUCUUUGGUUGGGCGCAGAACUUCAAGAUAUUGUUAAGAUGACUUUUCCAGGUUGUAGAAAAUAUGUUGUAAUUGCAAAACUCUGGGUUUAAGAGGUGGAUUUAGUUAUUUAUUGUUGUUAAUGAUCUUCUGCGCACCACCACACUCAAAAACCUGUAAGCUCUGGUACAAUCAUGACUCUUGUUAUGGGGUUGGGCCCAGUUUCACUUCCGAGCAGUCAAUCGUGAACCAACCGGAAUGGAGCAGACCUGAACCUGCCAAGUGAUGUAUACCCUCAGCUGCCAAAGACAAAAGCAGGGCAAUGUUUGAUUUUAACAUAAAACUUGCAAAGCACCCGUCUUGCAUGCUAACAGCAGAGAAAAAACACUGAUAAAGAGUAUAGAUAUUAUGAACUUAUAAGCAAAAAAUACUUUUUUGACAUAGCUGCCAUGUCUGACUUUGUAGAACUUUUUGUGUUGAACCAACGCGGCUGUCACGUUGGAGAGAAUCCAGGAAAAUUUUAAAAAAUGGUGCUGUUUUUGAUGUUCUUCCCAGGUUUUGGUUGUAUAGGGCGCAUUUUAACUGUUGAUUGAUGCCAGAGAAAUGUGCCUGCAAGAAAUGUAUGUCUUCAUUGAUGGGGUGCAUACAGUCUAAAGUGGCAUCCUCUUUGCAUUUCUUUUUCUCAAUCUGAACUGGGAUGGAUGGUCUAUUUGUUUGAAAAAGAUCACGCGUUUUCCGGAUCAGUAAAUUGGAAGGAAAAGUUGAAAAGGAAGCCAUUACAGACAACAGAGAUGCAUCCAGGAUUCAUGCCGAGGUACUCCAUAGGAUUUUCUCUGUCAAGAAACAGUUCAGGGGCAAUAGGCUGAUAUUUUAUAAUUUAUGGGAUUUCAUGUGGAGAGUAUUUUGAAAGUGUCCAUACUAGAAAGCUUUAUGUUUGCAUGUGUUUUUAGAGUUGCAUGUUGAGGGGAACAUUUUGUUGGCCCAAAGGUUUUUAUUUCACAAAGUAAGACACUUUUCCUUUUUAUACCUUUUAUUAUUAUUAAGACUAAAAUAUUCAGUUUUUCAGCUGCAGUUUUGUUUUUCUGUACAUCCACAAUAAGCGUUCUUGUUUUUAAAAUGUAAUGUGGCGUGUGGUUUGUUUUUGCUGAUAAUAAAAAUGCAGAAGGACUCUGUACUAUUUAAACAGA